AUGGGCAGUAUGCAAGCCGCGCAGAGCGCUGAGCCGGCGGAGAGCCCGCCCAAGGGGUUGAAGCGUUUGUGCCCCGCCAUGCUGUGCUGUGCUGUGCUGUGCUGUGCUGCAGAUGCAGCGACUGACCGUGAGUGCAGCGCGCCGGAACUCGACCGUCCUCAACCCGCGGUCCUACGUCGCCGAGGAGCUGUGGAAGCAAGCGCCGGUGUUUACGGGAAGCACGCGGUUCGAGCCGCUGCGGGAUGCGAAGAAUAUCCUCGUCACGGGCGGGGCGGGGUUCAUAGCCUGCUGGUUUGUGCGCCACCUGGUGCUCACGUAUCCGCACUACAACGUCGUCUCGCUGGACAAGCUCGACUACUGCGCCACGCUGAACAACACGCGCAUCCUCGACGGCCGGCCCAACUUUGCGUUUGAGCACGGCGACAUCACGCAGCCGAGCCAGGUCAAGCGGGCGCUGCGCAAGCACCAGAUCGACACCGUCUUCCACUUUGCCGCGCAGUCGCACGUCGACCUCAGCUUCGGCAACUCGUACCAGUUCACCAAUACCAACGUGUACGGCACACACGUCCUGCUGGAGAGGGCGCGCCAGCACGGCGUCACGCGCUUCAUACACAUCUCGACGGACGAGGUGUAUGGCGAUGUGCCGGUGGGCGCCGCCGACCUGAGCGAGGCGAGUCUGCUCGCGCCCACGAAUCCCUACGCGGCGAGCAAGGCGGCGGCGGAGAUGAUGGUCAGCGCGUACCGGAGCAGCUUCAAGCUGCCGCUCAUGACGGUGCGCGCCAACAACGUCUACGGGCCGCACCAGUUCCCCGAGAAAAUCAUACCCAAGUUCAUCAUGCUGCUGCAGCGACAGCAGAAGCUGCUCGUGCACGGAGAUGGCUCGCCCACACGUCGUUACCUGUACGCGGGCGACAUCGUGGACGCGCUAGACACGAUCCUGCACCGAGGGGUGAUUGGGCAGGUGUACAACAUCGCGUCCAAGGACGAGGUGUCCAACACGGAGAUUUGCCACCGACUGCUCGACGUGUUCGGGAUCGCGCGUCACAGCACGGCCGAGGUGGACAGGUGGGUGCAGCACACGGCCGACCGGCCGUUCAACGACCAGCGGUAUGCGACCGACGGGUCGAAGCUGAGCGCGCUGGGGUGGGAGCCCAAGAUGGCCUUUGACGAGGGGUUGAAGAUCACGGUGGACUGGUACCGGCGGUUUGGCGAGGUGUGGUGGGGGGACAUCAGCAGAGUGCUCACCGCGUUUCCCGUGGUGACGGGCCAUGAGAUCUGGACCAUGGAGGAGCACGACGAGCUGCCUUCGUCUGACGAGGAGCCCGUCUGCGCACACGGGUCCAGCGGUGACGUGCAGGCGUCAGGGGGCGUGGUGUGA